AUGGUGGCUGGGACACGUUCAGGAUAUUGGCAGAAACCGGUUCUUUAUUAACUUCGACAGUAGCGCCAUCGGCCCAUCAUGGAUCCAAGCUCGUUGCAUCUUUCGGCAUGAAUAUUUUCAAGGAGGCGCGGUGUAUAUAGGCCAACGCGUGGAAGUGGCCGUGCGCAACGAACCCGGCGGACCAUAUAUACUUCGGCCAGGCAGAAUUGCCUACGUGCCACCGGAAAAAUAUUCCCUAUGCUGGAAUGUACAACUAGGAGAAGGUCUAUCCAACGGCCGUAAAUUCGUCCACGAGUCCCAGAUUGUCACGCAGUUUCCGCUCGCUGACGAACUGUGUUUCUAUCGGAAUCAUGCACAGUUUGCGUACAAAAAGUAUAUCAUACCUUUUCAGCAGGCGUAUCUGAUCAGAAAUCUGGAUGCCGUGUCGGGCUGCAUUUUUCCGGUGCCCCCUUCGCUGCGCCGAUUGGUGCGCUGGACUGAUUUUGCUCGUCGAUUCUUCGUACAGUUCGGUACGGAUUCGGCCACCUUUGUGGUGGCCGAAGAAAGCCAGGAAGUUAUUUCGGUUGAGGAUUCCCUGAAGCGUGACAGCCUUCUCGCGGCUUGCGAAAACCUUCUAGCCGUUCAACUUCCGGCUGGACCCGACAGGCCCACUCUUAUCCAUCAGUUUCACGGCACCAGUACGGAGGGCUGCCGAAUUAUCGACCUUCCGCACCCCGUUUUGGUGGAAAUUCUUCUUGAUUUUCACGCGCGUACUCAAGGAAUGAUGCACAGAGUGUGCAUGUUAUGGCACCAAAUGCUGCCGGAACAUCUCGUCACCGCCGACGUCGUAGUUGAUAUCAGCGUAAAAUUGGACGACAAACCGGACAAGGAUGGGACACAAGACAUCCUCCAUGCGUCUAAAUCAGUGAACUCCACUUGGAAUGAUGAGUACCAUCUCACCAUGGUGCUGGACCGUAUGAUCACUCACCGCACGAAAACGCUAACCCUGGUUAAUCUGGCGGUUAAUCGCAGCAGGGAAUUCGAAAGCCGCGCCAACACCGCAACGGAAGUGCUGCUGGCCAAAGGAAUUCGCAUCCCCGUAAUGAUCCUAAGAAACUGCGCCAGUCGGCGUGCGGAGUUGAUCAAGAAUACAGCCACGAGUGGAAAUUACGAAUGCCGAAAUUUUUCCAAACUGAUGGCCGUUUGCGAGCGGCUGCUGAUAGUCCAUCAUAAUUUUUCAUUUGCUGAAGCGUUUUUUCGUAGACCGAUACUUUGUUCUGGAGAGCCGCAAAUGAUUCCAGAGCCUGAAAAAGCUUUUGUGCGGCCUUAUUGCCCCGACAAACCAGGUCGGGUGGUUAGAGUCAAUCGUCUCCUGCUACGCUCCGCGGAUUCAGUGGACCAACACGUCCGACUCCUCUUACUGGCAGCGAAUAACGCUUGUCUACUUGUGAGUCAGUGCGUCAUUGACAAAAUAACAUAUGUACACCAGCGCUGGCGGCAAACCCUGGCGUACCCGGAAGACUGGGUCGCCGUUCGAAACUUCCUUAAUCUGUUCAGUGGGUUUCUCUCGGAUGGAACUCCACAGCGAUGGGAUGCACUGGAUCUCCGGGAGCUGGACAUAUCCGCUUUGAGCAAAAUAACUUUAGCGGCGAUAGAUGAAAUUUUUACGGGCGCCGACGCUGACUGAAAUUUUAUAGAUUUGCUGUGUCCGUCUUGCCUUACGGUACUAGUAUUACGUAAUCUGUUGUCGCUAUUUUCAUCUUCAGAGGCCGUUCAAAAGCAGUCUCCGUGCCGUUUUGUUUGCCCGUACAGCUUGUAGU